AGGUGAGAAUUGUGAAAACAUUGGUUGUAUUUUGUGUGAUACACCACUGUGAUGUGAGAUACCGAACGAUAUGAGAAUUGCUGUGUUAGAUUUUUUUCUUAGUUUCUUUUAAAGGCAAGGGCCACACCAAGUAAGUAAUCAUGGAUAUGUCUAUGGUCCUUGUGUUGAACAGUAAUCCUUUGUUAUUUGAGGGUAUUGUACUUCAAUUCUUGUUUAAAUCUGUUUUUCCCCCAAAAGUAGGAUGGCUUUUUCACAACCCAAUUUCCAGUUACAGAUAUGUAAAUUGAAAAUCAGAAUACAGGUAAACUACAAAAAUGUGUUCAAACCUCAUCUCAGAUAUGCAGGGUCAGUUACAUGCUUGUGUUCCUUCAUAAAUGAGUUAAGCAGAACUCAAGAGGUAGUGAUGAGGCCCCUUAGCUGUGCAUCUGAAGAGCCACUUCCUACCUCAUCAAGGGCACAAUAAUCCCCUUGGAGAGGUCUGCCUUCUUACAUCUGCCUGCAGUAAGGCAAAUCGAUAGGGAUCCCAAACACUGCAAUGACUGCUGUAGUGGUUAGAAGUCCUAGGAAGUGUCAUUCAGCAUGCAGCAGACAGUCACUGCUUUGAAAGGUAGAGAAGCACAGUGCUUCUUUUAAGAUGACAGAGUCCUAAAAUUAAAUAAAGGACAUGGGACAGUGGGAUGGAUAUUUCUAAAAUGGGUUUUGGAUCUGGAGAGAAGCAUGAACAAAUUAGACAACAGAAGCAUGGGCCCAAAGAGGAACACAAUUUAAGGACAAUGUGCACUGAGAACUGCAAUCACCAACUGGAGGUUGAUGUGUACUACCUCAUUCUCUGAGAAUACAUUGCUUUUGGGGGCGGAGUGCAGGGACUCACAGUUUGUCCUUAUCUAUACUGGAACUACCUACUUAUCUACCAUACUGACUUAGAACUCACAGAGCUUCACCUCCUCUGCCUACAGAGAACUGUUAUGAAAGUAGUGCACUCCAUAUCCAGUGGGAAUACAUCUUUAAAUGUAUUGGUUGGGUACACUCUGCUCCAUGUGUUUUUCCUCUCAGGGUUGGUCAGUCCCCAUGAUUUGAAGGUGAGCACUCAUUAGGUACAUGUAUUCAGCAGGGAAACACAACACUGUCACACUGCCAUGAACUUAGGACUUGCCUACACCACCAAUGCAGUGCAUGCAGGAGUGUGCAGUGCACUCAGUGAUCCUCCUGAAACACCACCGUGACUCUGAUGAUGGUGCCUGGACAAAGGGCAUGAGAUGGAGUGUACUAAAACAGACUGGUUUCCUCUAUAUUCUGCCAUGAAACUGACAUAACUGUCUCUGCUGUUAAUGCAUUCUAGUUUCCAAAUUUAAAAGGAAACUCUUUAGGAGAGGCAAUGCUUUUCCAAAGGAUGUUGAAGUGCCUCAAGUCCAGCGUGGCACUUUACCACCAACUGAAGAAGAAGUUUCUGCAGUACUAAACCAAAGGUGUAUCAAAACAACCAUGAUCCCGCUUGAUAUGGAUGGACCUCAAGUCAACUCCGGUACCUCCAGAGAAACACCACACAUCAAAACAGAAGUGGUACAUAAAAAUUCUGACACUGCAUCUUCCUCCACAGAACAGGGAGAGCUACCCAUGAUGAUGGUGGAGGUGGAAUCCAGAAAACAUGUGUCACCUGAAGAGACACAAGUGAAGGUGGAGAAGGUGGAGAGUGGAAGUUUUAAUUGUUUUACUUCAGUGUUUAAAAGAUUUUAUAAGAAGAUGUCUAUCAUCCCUGAAGUCAUGGAAGAACCUCCAGCUGCUCCAGCUGCUCCAGCUGCUCCAGCUGCUCCAGCUGCUCCAGCUGACGUUGUGAAUACAUCUGAAGAAAUACUACAAACUCAAAGGAAAGCGAUAAAUGUACUGUACCAAGCCCCACCUCAAUCUUCAGAUGAAGAUAUGCUUGAAGAGGAGGAGGAGGAGGAGGAGACGGUGGAGGAGGCGGCGGCGGUGGAGGAGGAGGCAGAGGCAGAGGAAGAAGAGUUGGAGGAGGUGGUAGAGUUGAAGGCAGCAGGGGAAGAGGCAGAGAAGGAGGAAGAAGAGGAGGAGGAGGAGGAGGAGGAGUGGGUGAAAAGCUACUACCGAUAAAAAUAUAAUGCCUAUAAUCAUGUAUAAA